AUGACUCUGGUCUCCCCCGAGAAAUUUCCAGAUGUUUCGCCUAUCCUCCAUAACCCAGAUCAAGGGCACGCCAUCAUCAUUUCAUACGACUCUCCUGCGCAACGAGAUCGAGAGAUUGCAGGCAGCGAGCGCACGAAUUCCAUGAGGGGGAGUGCGAGGUCUCUAGUGGAAACUGCAACCAGACAAAUCAAACCUGGCAAUGGACUUGCGAGGUUGAUGACGAUUACUACUCCCAAGAAGCAUGAGAAGGAGAUCAGCCCUACUGAAUCUGCCCUCCCAAAGGAUGAAAAUGUCGAGCCCCUCGUCGCAUUCAGCCGUCCGCCUCCUUUGCCACCGGUUCUAGGCCCCUUGAUCGCGCUCUCGCUUUUUCAGACUUCUUCUAGUGAUGAAGACAGCAAAUGA